GGGAGAGACAGGGAGACGGGCAGUGCUUUCCUCUGUGUUACCAGCACACGUUCCCUGGCCACAGAACUGGAGUUAUUCGGGAGAAAGCUUCGCGACUGCACACGCCGGUGUAAUCCCCAGCGCGUUAACAACUCGCCGGGUUAAUUUCAUAUCAAGAGAGACCUUGGCUUUGCCGAGUGCUCUGACACAGAGAAGUAGCGGGGACACGGCUCGGCUCCGGGACCGGGCAAAGAACCCCGAAGGGUCUUGUUCGGAGCUUUUGCGCCACGAUCUGUCUAGUCUGCGCCAGGAAAAAUAAGCUUUCAAGCCUUUGCGGCACCAUCCGGAGAGAAGCGGGACCGCAGAGAGAGAGAGAGAGAGAACAUAUCCGGCACGCCAAGUGCCAGCCGAGUUUCAACGCACGGACCUCUCGCCGCUUUGCAACAGAUAUGCCCUCCUGCAAUUGGCCUGCAAUUGGUGCCUGACAUCAGAAACAAGCAGCAGGAUUUUAUGCCUCCAGGAACAUUGGAGCAGACAGUUGAACAGCACCUGUGCUACAAGGCAAAAUCAAAAGCCGCCGACUCACCAUGGAAAGAAAUCCAGCAGAACAUCCCGCAAGUGUGAUCAGAAAUCCAGCAACCUGGGAAAUGGGCAUCUAUGGAUCUGGAGUCGUGAUUAUCCUGGUGAUAGUCGGAGUGAACCUGUGGAAACUCUGGAAGUCUGGGAAUUUCCCGGCACCCUCUCCAUUCCCAAACUAUGAUUAUAGAUACCUGGAACAGAAGUACGGGACUUCAUACUCUGAGGUUAGGCAAAAGAGAACAGCAGCUUUGAGUUAUAAGAAGCCGAUAGAGAAAGGUUUCCCCAGCCAGCACUCAAGCCUCAAGAUAGACGAAGCUUAUGACACCAUCAACGAGCUUGGGACUCUGGAGCUAAUGACGAAGGAUGUGGAGUUGAGUUCCUACGGGUCGAUGAAAAAAUCCGUGUCGACGGACUCGCUGAAUUCCAUAUCUUCGAUCGGUAACAACUUUGGCCACGACUUCACUGUGGGCCAGAUCGAGAUGAGCUUGGAGUACGAUAUGAGCUCAAACACCAUGCACGUCACUCUGGUUCAAGGGAAGGACUUGUUGGAGAAAGAAGAUGCCAACUUUGAAUCUUGCUUUGUGCGCAUCAGUUUGCUGCCCGAUCAGCAGAUUGUUGGGAUUUCUCGGAUUCAGAGGAAUGCAUUCUCGGUGUUCUUCGAUGAGAAGUUUUCCAUCCCCCUGGACCCCUCUGCUCUCGAGGAAAACAGUCUUCGAUUUUCCGUAUUUGGAAUCGAUGAAGAUGAAAGAAACAUCAGCACGGGAUUGGCAGAUCUGAAGCUAUCGGAUUUGGACCUCAGCUGCCGACCCUUCAAUGCCUGGCUUUACCUACAGGAUGUCAACAAGGCAACAGAUACAGUCGGAGAGAUCCUGCUCUCACUCAGUUAUCUGCCCACAGCAGAGAGGCUGACGGUGGUCGUGGUCAAAGCCAAAAACCUCGUCUGGAACAGCGGAAAGACCACCUCCAAUCCAUUUGUGAAAGUUUAUCUCCUUCAAGAUACGAGGAAAAUAAGUAAGAAAAAAACGGCAAUCAAGAGGGAUGAUCCCAAUCCUGUCUUCAAUGAAGCCAUGAUCUUCUCAGUUCCUGCAAUUGUUCUGCAGGAGUUAUCUCUACGAAUAACGGUGACUGAAUGCUGUGAAGAGGGGAAAACUGUGAACGUGGGCCAUGUCAUCAUUGGACCAGAGAGCAGUGGGAUGGGGGUAACUCACUGGAAUCAGAUGCUGGCGACAUUAAGAAAACCUGUCUCCAUGUGGCACACCCUCCGAAAGAACUAAAGCAAGCAAAUGUCCAUGUGUCCAUAGCACCUGUAUAAAAUAUUUUGCAUGAUGUCCACAUUCUUAACGCUGGUGUUUUGAGAAGUGCCAAAUUUGAGGCACUAUUUUUCACUACACUUGAUCAACUUACUGGUGUCAAUCUAAUACUGGGAAAUCUUUAACAGGAUAACAGAAGACACAAUUGCAGGUCAACAUGAACUCGGCUUAGUAAAUGAAUGCAUCUGCAACUAGAGCUGCCGUGAAGUAGCCAACCCACUGAAUGUUUCACACUGAAUGGUACAUACAUAUAUACAGUAGGGUCAUGGAUAAUAAAGGGGCCAUGUAUCUGUCCAAGACAUAGCUAAGUAUCCUAUAACCACUCUAAACCUAGAAAAAUCCCAAACAUCAACGCCGGAUGAAAUCCUUCCAAACAUGCUUCCUU